AUGACCUCAAAUCGGUUGAAAGAUAUCGCAUCACAUAUCUCUCCAUUGCCUAGUACUUCCGUGGCCGAAAUGGCCUUACCAACCUUCGAUGAGUUGCCGCAUUACAAGAACUUUCCCGGCUGCGCAUGGGGUGUAUGGGGCGCUGACGACCAACUGGGGACGGUGAAUCUCUUGACGGAAGAAGUAGUUCAGCGCGCGGCCAAAGAGGAAAUCAAACUGGGAAGGACUGUGUCACUGAAUUGGCCAAUCAACUUCCCAGAAAAGCCAUUGUUCAACCGCAAGAGCCCCGAGAUUAAAAUGAUCAUCAAACGCGAUAAUGGCAUGCCGAGAGAUGAUGAGAUCCAUAUAAAUUCGCAAUCUGGUUCGCAAUGGGAUGGAAUGCGACACUAUGGACUCAUUGAACAUGCUGUUUUUUACAACAAUACGGAUGCCAAAUCUCUGCCUGGUGGAAUAAUCCCUAUAUCUAAUCCGAAUGACAUCGAUCCGGCAAUGUCCAGGAUCGGGAUGCAAAACUGGGCGGCGCACGGGAUAUGCGGGCGAGGCGUGCUUCUAGAUCUUGUUAGAUACUACGAGGAUACAAACAACGGAAAGCUUCCUUAUGAUCCAUGGACCACUUAUGCCAUAUCGGUAUCCGACCUUGAGGCUGUAGCCAAACACCAGGGCGUGAAUUUCCGUCAAGGAGAUAUCUUACUUCUCCGUGUGGGAUUUAUCCAAAAAUAUUAUAACGUGUCCACGGAAGAUAAACAUGCUCUGGCUCAGAGGCCAGAAACAUUCGCAGGCAUAGAGCAAUCUAUAGACAUGAAGAGGUUCUUGUGGAAUAACCACUUCGCCGCUAUCGCCUCAGAUCAACCCGCAUUGGAGGCAUGUUGUCCAUCUUGUGGCCGGCACCUCCUGGAACUUUGCUCCACCAGACUCUGGGGUAUGCCGCUGGGGGAAUUUUUCGAUCUUGAAAAGCUAUCCCAAACGUGCGCCGAGACUAAGAGAUACACUUUCUUCUUCUCAUCGUGGCCAUUGAACAUAAUCGGGGGGUGCGCUAGUCCACCCAACGCGGCGGUAAGGACCUCUUCUAAGAAUGUGCCAUCUUCUGACAUUUGUUCUCUCAUUCUACAGGCAUACUUUUAG